AUGGGGUCGACUGUCGAGUCGCCCGUGAUGCAUGCCAGCGAAGAGGCCGAGUGGCCGCAGCGCCGAGGGCCUCCUGCGACCGGUGGGAUGAUAUCGUUCCUGAACGAGCAGCUUGCAGCAGCGUCGGUCUGCCGUGGUGAUGCGCUGGACGGGAGGAUUGGCUCGCAGGCGUCCAUCACGACGCUGGCCGGCGCGAAACUGGCCCGUCGGCUGGGCAGGACGGUCGCAAUAUCAUGUCGACCUGGGUCGCCUGCUGCAGCGUCUGGCGCCAAGCAUGCAUUGUGUGUUGUCAAGCUCCUCGUUGACCGACAGCUCGUCGCCAUAGGGCAGCAUGGCCUGCACCAUCUCCACCCGGCCAUCUGCAAGACCAUCUCCACGGGCCAGUCGCAAUCUCAGACGGCGAUAUCCCUGCCCAUCCCACCCUAUCAAGCCCCUGCGACUACAUGCACCAGACGCCAGCGCAUUGCUUCGUCUGGGGGCCCCUGGCUAUCACACAACCAGGAGGCCGAAAUGCCGUCACUCUUGGGAUUCUUCUUGCGCGAAAAAUGGGCUCUCAGCUCCUGGCUUGAGGGGAAGGUGUAG